UCAGCGGGGCGGCGGCGGGAGGAGCCGUCGGAGCCGUCGCCGCAGUCGCCGCCGUCGCCGCGCCGGCCGCGGACAGAGUCAGCACCGCGGACAGCGCCCCCUCCGCGCCCCCUCCGCGCCGCCCCGCGCCCCUCCGCGCCCCCACCAUGACGGCGGAGACCCACCUGCAGGGCGUGGAGAUCUCGGCCGCCCAGUUCUUCGAGAUCUGGCACCACUACGACUCCGACGGCAAUGGGUACAUGGAUGGGAAGGAGCUACAAAACUUCAUCCAGGAGCUGCAGCAGGCACGGAAGAAGGCAGGCUUGGAUUUAACACCUGAAAUGAAAGCUUUUGUGGACCAAUAUGGGAAGACUACUGAUGGAAAAAUAGGAAUAGUUGAGCUUGCUCAGAUAUUACCGACGGAAGAGAAUUUCCUGUUGUUCUUCAGGUGCCAGCAGCUAAAGUCAAGUGAAGACUUCAUGCAGACAUGGAGAAAAUAUGACAGCGACCACAGUGGCUUCAUUGAUUCUGAGGAGCUCAAGAGCUUCUUGAAAGAUUUACUACAGAAAGCAAAUAAGCAGAUUGAAGACUCAAAGCUAACAGAAUACACAGAAAUAAUGCUCAGGAUGUUUGAUGCAAACAAUGAUGGAAAGUUGGAGCUUACUGAACUGGCCAGACUACUCCCUGUACAGGAAAAUUUUCUUAUUAAAUUUCAGGGUGUCAAAAUGUGUGCAAAAGAAUUCAAUAAAGCCUUUGAGAUGUAUGAUCAAGAUGGCAAUGGCUAUAUAGAUGAAAAUGAACUCGAUGCACUACUGAAGGAUCUCUGUGAAAAGAACAAAAAGGAAUUAGACAUUAACAACCUUGCGACAUACAAGAAAAGCAUCAUGGCCUUGUCCGAUGGAGGAAAGCUUUACCGAGCAGAACUGGCUCUUAUUCUCUGUGCUGAGGAAAACUAGAACUCUCCUGUCAUGUCCACUUAACUAGUGAUGUACUCUAUCUACACAAUAACUGUGCACUAUAAGGGAGUAGGCUGUAUUUUUAAACUGCAUAUAGAAAAUUAGCCAGGAUGUGUGGCACAUUCCUUUCAGUUUGUUUCUAUACUGUUUGUAAUGUACAGUUUUUGUAACAAUAAGAUUGAUAAAGAGAAUGUCUAUGUUUGGGCCAGUCUGUAUAUUCAAAAAGAAACUAAAAUAUGUCGGGGUUUAUUUUGGUUUUGGUUUUUUUUUUUUUUUUUUGGCUUUCAUAAACACGGCUGGAAAAAAAUUAAACCUGCUGACAUUGCUGUGGUCAUCA